AUGGCAGAAAAACCAAUGUGUCCCUCCACACAAAUACCCGAUGAUGAAGACACACAAAAAGAAGAUAAUAUCCGUUGCUUAAAUGUGCUUGGCCAUUUUGGUUUCGAUUGUUUGGCUCAUCAGCUGGUGGACAAAUCUGUUCAACAAGGAUUCUUUUUUAAUAUUCUCUGUGUGGGGGAAACUGGGAUUGGAAAAUCAACCUUGAUUGACACACUGUUCAAUACUAAUUUGAAAGACAAAAAAUCUUCGCAUUUUUACUCAAAUGUUGGACUUAAAAUUCAGACAUAUGAACUCCAGGAAAACAAUGUUCAGUUGAAAUUAACUGUUGUGAAAACGGUGGGCUUUGGUGAUCAAAUAAACAAGGAAGCCAGCUACCAGCCAAUUGUUGACUACCUAGAUGCUCAAUUUGAGUCCUAUCUUCAAGAAGAAUUGAAAAUUAAACGUUCCUUAGGUGACUACCAUGAUUCCCGCGUCCAUGUGUGCCUUUACUUCAUUUCGCCUACAGGACAUUCUCUGAAGUCUCUUGAUAUAUUAACCAUGAAGAACAUUGACAGCAAGGUGAACAUUAUACCAGUGAUUGCCAAAGCAGAUGCAAUUUCUAAAAAUGAUUUACAGACAUUUAAGUGUGAGAUAAUGAAUGAAUUGAUUAGUAAUGGCAUCCAGAUAUAUCAGUUCCCAACAGAUGAUGAAACUACCACUCACACGAACUCCUCAAUGAAUGGCCUCUUACCUUUUGCUGUAGUAGGAAGUACGGAUGAAGUGAAAGUUGGAAAAAGGACAGUCAGAGGACGUCAGUACCCCUGGGGAAUUUUACAAGUGGAAAACGAAAACCACUGUGACUUUGUUAAGCUCCGGGAUAUGCUUCUUUGUACAAAUAUGGAAGACUUGAAAGAGCAGACUCAUACUCGGCACUAUGAACGUUACAGGCGCAACAGACUUCACAUAAUGGGAUUUACUGAUAUGGGUCCAAACAACCAGCCAGUUAGUUUUCAAGAGAUCUAUGAAGCCAAAAGGCAGGAGCUCUUGGAGCAAUGUCAGAGCGAAGAAGAAGAGUUGAAACAGAAGUUUAUGCAGCGAGUAAAGGAGAAAGAAACAGCAUUUAAAGAAGCUGAAAAAGAGCUACAGGACAAGUUUGAACAUCUUAAGAAGAUCCAGCAAGAGGAGACAAUGAGACUUGAGGAGGAGAGGCGACAACUGGAAGAAGAAAUCCUAGCAUUUUAUAAAAUGAAGGCCUCCUCUGGAACCUUGCAGGGUCAGGUGUGUACCAGUAUAAAGAAGGACAAAGAGCGUAAGAAAUAA